AUGGCGUCGGGGUAUAAUUCUCGGAGCUUGUUCUCCGUCAACCUUGAGAUUCCCUACGACAAGAACCACCUUUUCAGACUCGUGGGAACCAUGACCGCCUUCACCCUGACAGCCAUCAAUGUCAGCGCUCUUGUAUUUUACUAUUCCACGGAUUCCACCGUGGCAGUGAACUCACGGUACGGUCUUCUGUUGGUCGUAUUGGUGGAAGGAUGGCUUCUCACUUGGUUUCAACUCAAGACGCACCUUUGCAACUACGCAGACAAUAUCGACGCAUUCAAAGAAUAUGAAUGGCAGUCCCUCUUCAAUGAUGCAUAUGGGGCAGUAGACAGAAGCACCAUAUGUGAAAAUGUCAAGAUCAUGGUCUUCGUGGCCACUGGCUGUUUGAUCGUGUCUCUCGGGUCUUCCCUUUUCGCCUUGAUCCUCGCAGUCGUCACACGACAUAGAGGCAACCCGGAAUUGCGUCCGCAGCAGCACCUCCGUCACUGCGGAAUCGCCAUUAUGAUCAUGGGGGCCUGUAUGGCGGGGAUCAUAUUACCGCCGAUCGUAUUCACCUUCAUGCUGCCCGAUUUUGUCAUGCUAGAAAACACGCCCGUGAGCAUUAGGGAAGGCGUUUUUGUCGGGGCCCUCGCGGGCGUGGGAAUCAUCCCUGCAAUCGUAGGGUAUCACUUAGAUAAAUCAGUCUUAAAGAGCAAGAUGGAAUUUGAAACGCUGAUAUGGACCUCUGCAUACGAUGAAAAUGCCACCAAGCGGCAGAAAAUGCUAGCCGACGCAGACGCUCUUGAGGCGGCCAAGAUGGGCGGCUUGGUGGCGCCGGCUGAUCUAGCGAGACAAGGUGACUCUCAGCAGCAGCAUGCACACAGUUUGAAGCCAAUAACAUAA